AUGGUGUCACGACUGCUGGUGUCGCCGACUGCUGGUGUCACGACUGCUGGUGUCACCAACUGCUGGUGUCGCCGACUGCUGGUGUCACAACUGCUGGUGUCGCCGACUGCUGGUGUCACGACUGCUGGUGUCGCCGACUGCUGGUGUCACGACUGCUGGUGUCGCCGACUGCUGGUGUCACGACUGCUGGUGUCACCGACUGCUGGUGUCGCCGACUGCUGGUGUCGCCGACUGCUGGUGUCGCCGACUGCUGGUGUCACCGACUGCUGGUGUCACCGACUGAUGGUGUCAGCGACUGAUGGUGUCAGCGACUGCUGGUGUCAGCGACUGCUGGUGUAA